AUGAAGAAGUGUCCGGCAUUUGGUAAAAGAUGCACCAGGUGUGGCCUAUCCAAUCAUUUCGCCAACCUCUGCCGACAGUCGUCACGGAAUCGCAACCCCACCAAUGCCCUGGAUGACUCUGCUGCCACCUUUGACAGUCUAUGCGGUGCAGAUUCCGCCACACCGGUGUCUAAUGCGCACUCUGUAUCCCUAGACCAUCAUGUAUACGAGUUUUGCAGGGCAUGGGAGAAGCGAGCAUCCGACCAUCAGCAUUUUGUGAACGUCACCAUCCAGGCAGUGCGUUCAGACGCCAAAUCUCUCGGCUUCCCGCCAUCUCUGAGAGGCAGCACCUCUCCCGUCAAGUACCAAGCUAUGGCAGACACUGGGUGGCAGUCGUGCCUGGCGGGCGUAGCACUCUUGACUAGGGUGAGCCUCACUCGCCGUCAUCUCCUCCCUGUCAACAUGAAGAUGACAGCUGCGAAUCGUGGGGCCAUUGACAUCAUCGGAGCCCUUCCCCUUCGUAUUUCUGGUACAUCUCCGUCCAACACCAAGCUGGUGACCCACCAGAUGGUGUACUUCACCACAUCCACUGGUCGAGUGUUCCUAAGCAAGCAAGCCUGUUUGGCUUUGGGAAUAAUCCCUCCUAGCUUUCCGAUCAUUGGCGCCACCAGUGCAGCAAUCAAUUCGAAGGACAAGCCGGCUUGCGGGUGCUCACGCCGCCAAUCCCCUCCGCCACCACCAACCUCCCUCCCGCUUCCUGCCACAGAAGAGAACAGAGAGGGCUUGGAGCAGUGGCUCCUAGAUCACUACAGGUCCAGUACCUUCAACGUGUGUGAACAUCAACCUCUACCGAUGAUGUCUGGCCCUCCGAUCCACCUCAUGGUGGACCCUGACGCCCGUCCCGUGGCCCACCACACCCCCAUCCCUGUCCCUGUCCAUUGGCAAGACGAGGUCAAAGCCGGCCUAGAUCAAGAUGUGCGACUGGGGGUCAUCGAGCCUGUCCCCGUCGGCACCCUAGUCACCUGGUGUCACAAGAUGGUGAUCUGUCCGAAGAAGUCGGGUAAACCAAGGCGCACGGUUGACCUCCAACCGCUUAACCGACAUGCAGCGCGGGAGACACACCACACUCAGUCUCCCUUCCACCAGGCCCGCAAAGUGCCACCCUACACGAGGAAAUCGGUUUUUGACGCGUGGAAUGGCUACCAUAGCAUCGCUCUUGCUGAAGAGGAUAGACAUUUGACGACGUUUAUCACCCCAUGGGUUCGUUAUCGCUAUCUCGUGGCCCCUCAAGGCUACAUGUCAUCCGGGGAUGGAUACAGCCGCCGCUUCGAUGAGAUCGUUGCCGACUUCCCACACAAAACCAAAUGCAUUGACGACACCCUUAUGUGGUCAAACUCUAUUGAGGAAGCCUUUUUUCAGGCCGUCAAGUGGCUUGACCUAUGUGGCACCAAUGGCAUCAUACUCAACCCAUCCAAGUUUCAAUUCGCCAAAACUACGGUUGAGUUUGCAGGUUUCGAAAUAACUCCCUCCACCGUACGCCCAUGUGCCCGCUACCUGGAGGCCAUUCGACAGUUCCCCACACCUCGGAACAUCACCGACGUCAGGAGCUGGUUCGGUCUCAUCAAUCAGGUAUCCUAUGCCUUCGCUUCCGCUGAACGCAUGCUCCCAUUCCGGGAAGCCCUGAAGCCGGGAAAGCGCCUCGAAUGGACAGAGGAGCUCGACCGUCUGUUUGAAUGGUCAAAGGAGGCCAUCAUCAACGAAAUCCACCAAAAGCCAUUUUGCUGCAAAACUGGCUGGAAGAUCACCCUGGUCGGUAGUCGAUUAACAUCAGGAGCCGAGUCCCGCUAUGCGCCCAUAGAAGGUGAGCCCCUGGCUGUGGUUGAUGCACUAGACAAAGCACGCCAUUUCACCUUGGGUUGUUCCGACCUGAUCGUGGCGGUGGACCACAAACCUCUUUUGGAGACGUUUGGGGACCGGUGUCUCGACGAUAUCCCCAAUCCCCGCCUCAGGAACCUCAAGGAGAAGUCCCUUAGAUAUCGCUUCCGCAUCGUCCACAUCCCCGAUCUACGCCAUGCUGCAGCAGAUGCCGUCUCCCACAGACCAGUGGGCAGCCCUAACACUCUCAGGCUCCCUGAUGAUGCUGCUCCCAUUCUGCUCCCUGAUGACCCUCCCUUGACACCUGAACUGCCACACGACUUUCUUUCAGCCAUCCGCACCCAGGAACUGGAUGACACCAACCAGGUAUGCUCCAAACCUGACCUCUCUCCAACUAAGGUGAUCAAGUCAUUGACUUGGGACGAGAUUCGACUUGCAAUAUCCAGCGACUCUACAAGUCCCCUGAUCUUCGCCCAUACCAUCAAUUCCGGUGUGUCCCAAAUGUGCUCUCGAGCUGAGGCCUCGUUUUUCUGGCCUGGCAUGACCCCGGCCAUCACUGACGUGCGAGCCCGCUGUCAGUCAUGCAACCGCAUGGCACCUUCCCAGCCGAGUGCACCUCCCACCCCUCCAAUAGCACCGGCAUACCCGUUCCAAUGUAUUGCGGCGGAUUAUUUUCAUCAUCGAGGCCACAGCUACCUAGUUGCUGUCGACUGGUACAGUAACUGGCCUAUCGUUGAAGAAGCCUCCCAUGGAUCUGCCGGCCUCGUUGCCGCGUUGCGUCGCAUCUUCGUCACGUAUGGCAUCAGUGAUGAACUGACAUCGGACGGAGGCCUAGAGUUCACGUCCCUGGCAACCUCCACCUUCCUUGGCAACUGGGGUGUCCACCACAGGGUCUCCUCAGUCGCCAUUCCCCACUCUAAUUGUCGCGCUGAAGUUAGAGUAAAGACAGUGAAACGGUUGAUCAUUGACAACACGGGUGCACAAGGAUCUUUAAACACUGACAAGUUCCAGCGCGCAAUGCUGUAA